GUACACGAUCGCUGAAAGCCUAAUGGCAGCUUCGACUUUGUCAAAUCAAAAUGACAGCCCCGAACAAUUUGAAUCAUUAUUGCUUAUUUCGCUCAUAAAAGUAAAACAAGUUCCACACACCAUGGCCACAUCCGACAUUCCGCUAGUGGUUCUCCUGAUCUCCGGUAAACGGAAGUGCGGUAAAGAUUUCCUAACUGAACGUCUUCUACAAAGAUUGACCACCGAGAGAGCGCAGGUCAUCCGCAUUUCGGAGCCGAUCAAGCGAAGCUGGGCCGAAACCAGUGGGCUGGAUCUGGAGAAACUGCUGGGAGAUAGCCCAUACAAAGAGCAAUACCGCAAAGAGAUGAUCGAGUGGAGCGAUCGGAAACGAGCCGAAGACUACGGAUGCUUUUGCCGGCAGGCUUGCUCGAAUCUUUCGAAGGAAAUCUGCAUCGUAAGCGAUAUCCGUAGGAAAACGGACGUGAGAUUUUUCAGGGAACAAUUUGGCCAGCGAGUAAAAAGUGUGCGAAUUGUAGCUGACGAUGCGACUAGAAUGCAACGAGGGUGGGCCUUUCGGGAAGGGGUGGACAACGUGCAAUCCGAAUGCGAUUUGGACGAGUUCACAGAAUGGGACCUGGUGGUUACGAAUGACAGUGGGACAGAUGUGGAAGAGAUUCUGAAGACAAUUGAAGCAUUGUUAUGAAAGAUGGAGACA